CUCUACAUAUUAAUAUAAAUUAAAGAUAGCCUUUAAUAUGGUAUUUGAUAUAAAUACGGUUGAAUUGGCACUGAUUUCAUCAUUCGUGUUGGAGUCAUUAGCAAUAUGCGGAUUCUUGCUUUGGUAGCCCUUUGCUUCGCGACUGUUGCAGCGGUCCCUACCGGUGGUCAAAGGAUUGUGGGUGGUUCAGUGACCACAAUCGAUCAGUACCCCACAAUCGCUGCACUCCUGUAUGCGUUCGAUUGGGUCAAUUAUCACCACUCUUGUGGAAGCAUCAUCCUAAACAACCGAUCUGUUCUCACUGCAGCUCACUGCACUGAUGGUGAUGCACCUGGCCAGUUUAGAAUCCGCGUGGGCUCUUCUUUCCGAAGCAGUGGCGGUGUUGUUCAUAACGUUAACCUGAACAUCGUCCACUUUGCAUACAACCCUUGGACCAUGGACAGUGACAUCGCUAUCCUCCGCUCCGCCACCUCCUUCUCCUUCAACAACAAUGUCCGCGCUGCCUCCAUCGCUGGAUCUAAUUACAACGUCGCUGACAACCAGGCUGUUUGGGCUGCUGGGUGGGGUGACACUUAUUCUGGUUCUGGCGCUGGCUCCGAGCAACUCCGUCAUGUCCAGCUGGUAACAAUUAACCAGAAUACUUGUAGAAACAACUAUGGACACGCAUUCUCGGUUACCGAUAACAUGAUGUGCUCUGGCUGGCCGAACGGUGGUCGCGACCAGUGUCAGCGUGACUCUGGCGGACCUCUCUACCACAACGGUAUCGUUGUUGGUGUCUCUUCCUUCGGUAUUGGCUGUGCUGAUGCUAGGUACCCUGGUAUCAACGUUCGUGUAUCUCGUUUCACAUCUUGGAUCUCAUCAAAUGCUUAAAAGUGUUGUAAAUUAAUAAAGAACCUGAUUUUGA